GCUACUGGAGACGCGUUCCGCAGGGCGGACAGGCACGCUUCCGGAGCGGGGUGCGGCAGCCGGAAGUGCGUGGCCGCCGGGGCCAUGGCGGCGCUCAGCGUCGUCUGCCUGCUGCUGGCAGCGGCAUCCUGGCGGCCGGUCUCGGCUUCAGGAGAAGAAUUCUGGCCCGGCCAAUCGGCGGCGGACAUCCUGUCCGGGGUGGCAUCCCGCAGACGGUACCUUCUGUAUGAUGUCAACCCCCCAGAAGGCUUCAAUCUCCGCAGGGAUGUCUAUAUCCGGGUGGCAUCCUUGCUGAAGACACUGCUGAAGACUGAGGAGUGGGUGCUUGUCCUGCCCCCGUGGGGCCGCCUCUACCACUGGCAAAGCCCUGACAUCCACCAGGUCCGGAUUCCCUGGUCCGAGUUUUUUGACCUUCCGAGUCUCAAUAAAAACAUCCCCGUUAUAGAGUAUGAGCAGUUCAUUGCAGAGUCCGGCGGGCCCUUUAUCGACCAGGUGUACGUCCUGCAAGGCUACGCCGAGGGCUGGAAGGAGGGCGCCUGGGAGGAGAAGGUGGACGCGCGGCCCUGCAUUGACCCUCUGCUGUACUCGCAGGACAAGCAUGAGUAUUACAGAGGCUGGUUUUGGGGCUACGAAGAAACACGGGGUCUGAAUGUCUCCUGCCUGUCCGUCCAGGGGUCGGCUUCCAUUGUCGCGCCUGUUCUCUUAAAAAACACAUCUGCUCGGUCUGUGAUGCUGGACCGAGCUGAGAACCUGCUUCACGACCACUAUGGAGGCCGGGAGUACUGGGAUACCCGGCGUAGCAUGGUGUUUGCAAAGCACUUGCGGGCCGUGGGAGACGAGUUCAGGAGCCAGCACCUCAACUCGACGGAUGCCGCUGAUAAGAUGGCCCCGGAGGAAGACUGGACGAAGAUGAAGGUUAAACUUGGUUCAGCACUAGGCGGCCCCUACCUCGGAGUCCACCUGAGAAGGAAGGACUUCAUCUGGGGCCACAGGGAGGAUGUGCCCAGCCUGGAGGGUGCCGUGAAGAAGAUCCGCAGCCUCAUGAAGACUCAUCAGCUGGACAAGGUGUUCGUGGCCACAGACGCCAUCAGGAAGGAACAGGAAGAACUGAGGAAGCUGCUGCCGGAAAUGGUGAGGUUUGAGCCCACGUGGGAGGAGCUGGAGCUGUACAAGGAUGGAGGCGUCGCCAUCAUCGAUCAGUGGAUCUGUGCUCAUGCCAGGUUUUUUAUUGGCACCUCCGUUUCCACAUUUUCUUUUCGGAUUCAUGAAGAGAGAGAGAUCCUAGGGUUGGACCCCAAGACAACAUACAACCGGUUUUGUGGAGACCAGGAGAAAGCGUGCGAGCAGCCCACGCACUGGAAGAUUGCAUACUGAGGGCCCCUUAUCCACCGCCUGCCAGUCACUCGGUCACAGGGUCCCAGAGGAAGCCCCCACAUGGGUGGCAACACAUCUAGAGCCCAUGUUCUCACGUGUCCAUGGGCCGACAUCUACCUGUGUCUAGGCUCUGCCACCUUCAGGAUUCACAACUGUGUCUUCUCUCAGGACCUGAGAACCCACAUCCCCAUCAUAGAUGUCACAUGUGUGUCCCCAUCACAGAUGUCACAUGUGUGCUAGUUCAGAAAUGGAAGAACAUUUGUCAGCUCCGACACAGGCCUCUCAGCCACCUUCCUGAGCAAGUUGAGCAUGGCCAGCGUGUGGCAGCUGCCUCAGGUGUGGGUGCGGGCUCCUGAGGUGUUGGGGUGACUCUGAUGCCCUCAGGUGUGGGUGCGGGCUCCUGAGGUGUUGGGGUGACUCUGAUGCCCUCAGGUGUGGGUGCGGGCUCCUGAGGUGUUGGAGUGACCAACGACGAUGACGACGACUGAGAUCACUUCACACAUGGCCAGCGUGAGCCGACACCAGGCCUUGCCUCAGCCUCCACCUGUGUGGGACCCCCACUAAUUUCCUCCUGGGGGGAACGACUCAGGCACUGUUGUCAUCAGAGUGACAGCCCUAGAGCCUUGCCAGUGACUUCCUCGCCUCACAUGGACCCCCAGGCUCACACUGCACAUGCUGAGAAAUAGAAUUGAGAAGUAACAGAAAUGGCCUUCAAAAGGCCACACCUUAGACACUCCCCUGCUUUAUGAAACCCUUCUCUGGGCCUCAUGCUGCACCGCAGGAGGCAGAGUCAGCACCGCUGUUGCCAGGGCACCCCCAGGCACCCCUCCCAGUGCUGUGCACUGAGCAGCCCCCACUCAGCUACUGCCCAGGUCUCCGUCCCAAGCACCAAGGUAGACCCUGAGCACAGACAGGGCCCUGUGGCCCACUCAGCUGACCAGCUAGAAUCACGUAUUUAUUUUCCAUUUGUACAUCCAAGCGUAUUAAUAAAAUACUUUUUCAAGAAAGCUUCAGUCCUA